GCUUUUUUAUCUUUAAAUAUGAUUCAGUUCUUGGUCACUAAUUCUUAGUUUUGCGAUUUUCGUAUCUAAAAGAAAACGGUCUUCGUAUUUUUAGUUCAGUUUUAUUCUCAAUACAAUGUAUUCUCCGAAUGACGAUUUAAAUGGAAUGUUCGCGAUCCAACCUGAAUAAAAGGUAAAUGAAAUGAAUUUACCGCAAAAUUGCAUUUGGUAUGAAGUAUUAAUACAGUUAUAAUAAUGGCAGUGAAAUUACUGUGUUUAAACAAAAUGAAAAGUAGAACUUGGCUUCGUUGCACAUUGUGCGUGUACUCUCAUGCAAUUGGUUGCAAUAAAGAGGAAUGGGCUUGUAAAUCGUCUUUGAAGAAAAUCUAUCAAAUAAACUGAAGAAAAAUCGUCAAGAUUUUCAAUGUCGGCAUUAGUUUCUCUUCGCUCGUCAAUGUGACAAGCGUUUGUUUUCCACUUUUUUUUUGUUCAUUUUAAAGAAUGUAAAUUAAAAAUUUCCUCAAAAAGAUUCUCCCGACAGAAUGAAUACACAAUAUUUGUUUUUUGUUUUAUUAAAAUGUUGGUUUUUUAACGAAUUUAUUCCACAAUCAAUGGCUGAAGUGAAACCCAAUAUAAAUCCAUUAAAGAAAUACAAAACCCACGCAAGACGUUUGCAGUCAAAUACACGCAACUAUAUGUAUUUGAAUUAUAAAGAGACGUAUGGACUGCGAUUUGAUCCGAAAAAGAUUCAGAAGAAACGACAAUCGAAUGAUUCGAACGGUGAUACGAGUGAUAUACCUUCAUCUUCAACUUCUUCCUCUCUCUCACCGCCGACUGAAGUGACGAUUACAACUGUUUCGACGGAUGAAAUGCAAACCGUAUCCGAAAACAUUUUAAAUACAACUACAACAAUUGCAAGCCCUUCAAGCACCGAUGUAUCAAUUACACCAUCAAGCACAACAACAACAUCCAGCACACAGAGUGCGAUGAUUUAUGAUAAGGUGUCAUCAACGGAGAGCACUCGACCAAAUAGACGACAAGUGCUUGCAUUUUCAUCAUUGCUCAAUCGGAACAGUGCAUCAAAACGGCAAAAUACGACAGUAAUUCAACGACCCAAACCGUCAACGUUGAAAGAAACACUACAAAUACUUCGCAAUAAACUUAAACAAUGGCUUAAAUUGGGCACCGAUCCAAAAGCCUCACUUCUAAAUGGGCAACGAUUUUUGAAUGUGUUCAAUGUUAUUAAAUUUGAAAACAAUCCGUGCACAUCGACACAAGAAGGAUUGACAGAAAUGUCGGGCAUUUGCUAUCAAGACUUUCAAUGCACACAAAUGGGCGGCGUUUCCAUUGAUGAAUGUGCUGAUGGGCUUGGUGUUUGCUGUGUUUUCAAAACAGGAUGUGGCCAAACAACAACUCAAAUCGAUUCAUACUUUCAAAAUCCUGGAUGGCCGGAAGCUAGUGUGGAUCGGUUAAUUUGCACGGUAACUGUUGAAUUACAAGAAGAUGUUCAGCAAGUGCGUUUGGAUUUUUUGCUGUUUGAGCUAAAAGCACCGACCGAUGGCAAUUGUGUAGACGACCAAUUCUAUAUAGCUGGCCAAAAUCUAAACAAUUUAAUUCCAACACUGUGUGGCAUUAAUAGUGGGCAACAUUUAUACAUUGAGGUAAGCAAUUCAAUGGAUCGAAGAGUGUUUUUAUCGAUUUUAACAUCAUCAGUAGCAGCGAGAGGUUUCAAUAUUCGUAUUCAGCAAUUAAAAGAUUCUUUGGCACCAAACAAUUGUCUGCAAUAUUACACAGAAACCGAUGGUUGGUUUCAAACAUUCAACUAUGAUGACACAUCGAUGUAUGUUACAAAUCGUGUACCCAGUUAUUUUAAUAACCUCAAUUAUGUGAUUUGUAUCAAACGGCAAUGGAACUAUUGCUCCACGACCUACACCAACGAAGCGGAAGAUGUUGAGUACGAAUUUCAGAUGAUUAAUAUUGACUCAGAGGGCACAAGUGUGAUUCCAGAAAAGCAAGCCGGAAUAGAAAUCUUUAGUUGUAACGAUGACUAUAUAUCGGUGAAUUCAAUACGAUUGUGCGGUGAAAAAUUGAACGAUGCCAGUCGUAAUGAUGAUUUAUCGGCAAAUUCAAUAGUAACCGACACAAGUAAUGGCUUGAACAUCAUACCAGUGCAUACAAAUGAAGCGGCUGUUGGACGUGGUUUUCGUAUAAAUUAUGUGCAAAUGCCGUGUGAUGAUCACCCCGUCACAAUUGAACCAGCAAUCGAAAUAGCCGAAGAAAUACCACUCGAUGACUCACCGAUGUCUAAAUAUAAGCGCAACAAACGAACGUAAAAUGUGUUCAAUUUUGAAUAGCCCUGACAUC